GGUGCAGCACGAGCUGCGAUCCAGCACCCGACACAGCCUCACACGACAGCGGCGCGAGAGAGGGACGAGCAGCAGCGCCACCAUACCGGUGUGAGGGCAGCCGCGUAAGGCGCCUGCACGGCGAGGACUGCAACACACGAGAGCGCCCUGAGGGCCGCAGGUUUUACAUAGCAUGACAUCGCGUGAAGAACUGGCCAUGGAUUUCAACCGUCAGGAUAAGGACUCGAUAACGUUCGGCAAGCGGUCGGGCUGUUUCAUGAACCGCAUGUGCUCGCUGCUGCUGCUGCUGCUCUUCCUCUGCAGCCUGGUGGCCACCGGCCUCCUGGUGCACUACCUGGCUCCCGGCUGCCGACCUGACCAGGCUGGCGAGUCUGGUUUGCGCCGCGGCUCCGCCGCCGAAGCCCAGCCGGGCCCCAAACCAGGACCCAAAACGAAACCGGGCCCGCAGCCGAAGCCGGAGCCGGAGCCGGAGCCGGAGCCGAAGCCGGAGCCGGAGCCGGAACCGGAGCCGGAGCCGGCGCCGGAGCUUGUGCCGGCGCCAGAGCCGGAGCCUGAGCCGAAGCCGGAGCCGGAGCCACCGGCUAAGGUGCGCGACGUGCGUCUGCCGCUACACCUGGUGCCCGAGGCGUACCAGGUGCGCCUGCUACCCUUCAUCGAGGAGGGCAACUUCACCUUCAGCGGCGAAGUUACCAUGCGCCUGCGCGCCGAGCAUUCGGGGAGCAACGUCACCGUCCACGUCAAGGACAUGACGGUGUACAACGAUUCCGUGACCGUGCGAGACGUGACUACGGGUACUUCGCUGGACAUCGCAGGCGUCCGGUACGACGCCGACCGCGAAUUCUUCAUCGUGCUGCUGUCGCAGCCAGUCACAGCACAGCACAAGUACGACGUCUUCAUCCGCUUCGUCGGCAGUCUGAGCGACAAGCUGUCUGGCUUCUACAGGAGCAGCUACCUGGACCCGCAAGGCCAGAAAAGGUGGCUUGCGGUGACCCAGUUCCAGCCGACUGAUGCCCGCCAGGCCUUCCCAUGCCUGGACGAACCGGCGCUCAAGGCCACCUUUGAGGUUACUCUGGGUCAUUCCAAAGAGAUGACAUCGGCUUCAAACAUGCCCAUCAAGAGAACAGAACCUAUUGACGGCAUGCCCGGCUUCGUAUGGGACAUAUACGAGAAGUCGGUGCCCAUGUCGACAUACCUGGUCGCCUUCCUGGUCUCCGAUCUGGCUGUCAAGGAGGCGGACCCCGGAGUCAGCGACACGCUUUUCAGAGUGUGGGCGCGGCCUUCGGCUAUUGACCAGGCCAACUACGCCCGGAGCAUCGGACCCCAGAUCCUCGAGUACUUCGAGGGCUUCUUCAAGACCGACUUCCCUCUGCCUAAGCAGGACAUGGCUGCUCUGCCAGACUUCGCCGCUGGUGCUAUGGAGAACUGGGGUCUGAUCACCUACAGGGAGACGGCUAUGCUGUACGACCCGAAGGUGUCUUCUGCCAAGAACAAGCAGCGUGUGGCGGUGGUGGUGUCGCAUGAGCUGGCUCACCAGUGGUUCGGAAACCUGGUGACGCCCAGCUGGUGGACCGACCUCUGGCUGAACGAAGGCUUCGCCAGCUACGUCGAGUACCUCGGAGUCGACAAGGUGGAGCCGUCGUGGCGCAUGAUGGAGCAAUUUAUCACAUCAGAUUUGCAGCGCGUGAUGACAACGGACGCGCUGGAGACAUCUCACCCCAUCUCCAUCGUCGUCCACCACCCUGAUGAGAUCAAUGAGAUUUUCGACCACAUCUCCUACGAGAAGGGCGCCUCCAUUAUCCGUAUGAUGACGCACUACCUGACUGUGGAGACCAUGCGGAACGGUCUUGCCAACUACCUGAACGACAGAAAGUACCAGGGCGCCACGCAAGACGACUUGUGGCACUUCCUGACGGAGCAGGCGCACAAGGACGGCACCCUGGCGCCUGAUAUCACCGUGAAGCAGAUCAUGGACAGCUGGACGCUGCAGAUGGGCUACCCCGUGGUGGAGGUGAAGCGGAACUACGGCGAUGGCACGGCGCAGCUGACGCAGAAACGCUUCCUGCUGAACGGCGGCCAAAGCUCGAGUGACUACCUCUGGUGGGUGCCGGUCACGUACGCCAGCCAGGCGGCGCCCGACUUCAACACCACCAAGCCUUCCAGCUGGAUGCGGAAGCAGCGCCAGGUGACCCUGGACGGCAUGCCGGCCGCCGACCAGUGGGUCAUAAUGAACGUGCAGGAAGUGGGUUACUACAAGGUCAACUACGACGCCGAGAAUUGGGCGCUCAUCAUUCGUCAACUGUCUGUUGACAACACCGCCAUCCACACCAUCAACCGGGCACAGCUGAUUGACGACGCUAUGGACCUGGCGCGCUCCGGUCAGCUGGGCUAUGACACGGCCCUUUCGGUGUUCGGCUACCUGAGCAACGAGCGUGAAUACCUGCCCUGGGAUGCCGCCUUUGACAACCUGGCCUACGUCAACACCCAGCUCAAGCGGACGGCCGGCUACGGUGCCUUCAAGCGCUUUGCCCUGAAGAUGAUCCAGCCGCUGUACGACCGCGUCGGCUUCGAGGAGCGCCCCGACGACUCGCACCUGGACCAGUUCAGCCGGAUCAACGUGUUGAAUUGGGCGUGCGCCCUCGGCCACAAGGACUGCGUGCGCCAGUCGGUGGACAAGUUCGAGCAGUGGAUGGCUGAUCCAGACAACGACGGAAUAAUCCCUGCCAACCUGAAGGCCCGCGUGUACUGCACGGCCAUUCGUGAGGGCGGCGAGGACGAGUGGGAGUUCGCCUGGGGACGCUACAAGGCGGCCAACGUGGCUUCCGAGAAGUCCCGGCUCCUCUCGGCGCUGGGCUGCUCCAGGGAAAUCUGGGUCCUCAGCAGGUACCUGAACUGGACGCUGACACCAGACUCCGGAAUCCGGGUUCAGGAUGGCUCCCAGGUGUUCUCCGCCGUCUCCAGCAACUCGGUGGGACGCUAUCUUGCCUGGGACUUCCUCCGAAAUAACCUGAAGAGGAUUCUUAAAACUUUCGGUGGCGGCAGUUUUAUGAUUCCCCGCUUUAUAUCGAACCUGAAGUAUGGCUACAACACUGAUCUGGAUCUGAAACAGCUGAAGCAGUUCUACAAGGAGAACAAGGCUGACCUGUCCGAGGCCAAGCGAGAGAUGGAGCAGGCCAUCGAGUACUCCACCACCAACGUGGCCUGGAUGAAGAAGAACUAUGAUACCAUUGUGCGCUGGCUGGAGAACCGUCAGCGCUAGCGUCGCUCCGCCGGCCCCCUGUCCGCCGGGACUCCAGCAGCGGGCUGGGAGGUGGCGCUGACCUCCGGACAGCCGGCCAAAAUAUGACGCCAUCUUCCGGCGUGAUCCGUGGCGCCAUCUGCUCCAGCUGCCGGCCGGUGCCAGCAGCCCCAUCCGCCUCUUCUCGACCGCCGGGCCGGCCCCAGAACCGUGCCUUGCCGACCGGGCCGCGGCCGAGCCAGCCGGACCCGCCGGCGGUCUGAGCCGCGCCGCAGCAGCGGGGCGUGCCACCCGGACAGUGCGGACGGCACGGAUGGGUGGGUGUGCGUGUUGCCCGCCGUGGUCAUGGACCUACGUAUCCCGCUAGCCGCCGGUUGAUGUUUUGUUGUGGUGCGGUGGCACUAAGCGGCAGCAUCGCAGAGUGCUGGGGCUGCCGUGAUGCGAUCCGGUAGGUUGGUCCUGGUAGGGGCUGCCCAGGGAUAGUGCAGGGGUCUGAUGGAUCCCUUUGUCUGUACAUAUGUUGUACGAGGAUGUAAUGUGUGCUUGUGUUUGCACAGGGUUUGUGCCAGGGAUCUGGCGGCUCUGGUGAGGCAAUAAAAUGCCCCCAUGUGCCAUAUCCUGUCAGCCGUGCAACCGUGUCCCCUUGUCCAAAUGUUCUCACCAGUUGCCAGCCAACAACGCAAUAGCCAUGUUUUCCAUCAUAACCACAGGGAGUCGGCCAAUUUCUAUGUUAUAUCAUGCAAUCGCACCAAAUAUUCCCAUUACGCACCGUUCCGGUCGCAAUUGAUUUUAGAGGAAUGCGCGUCUGAAAUGUCUUAUCAAUUAUUGGUAAUCACCGCAGGUGCAUGUAGAAAUCACAAAUCCUGUUGUCUGUUUUGACAUAUCAUCGUGCGCAGUGAGCAGAGAACAAUAAACCGAGCGUGUAUAA